GGAGGAAGGGGACUGGAACAAACGAGAAGAAAGAAAGAAAAAAAACGGUCGCUUUUUUUUCACAUGGAGAACAAUCGAGCACCAUGGCCAGGAGCCAGGUUCUACACUGUUGCUCAGCAUCGUUGAGGAUUUUGGAUCUUGUUGGGUGAUUUGGAUCGACUGUAAACUUUGUGUAAGCCGUGUGUGUGUGUGUGUGUGUGUGUGUGUCAGGAUGGUUGCACCGACUCUUCUACCUUUUGGCCCGUAGCAGUGAAGAAGGCUGCGAAUCCCGAAUGCCUCCCAUCCAAAACCAUGGGCAUUGCACUGUCCAGGUCUGAUAAAUGCCGUAUUGUCUCCUCCACUGGGCUUCGGAGCUCUGCGCCGGGAGAAAACAGCGCCUCCUGUUCAGAGAUGAAUGGCAUUGUCAAACCCUCUCGCAAUGACAUCAUUCAAGGCUCUCAGACUAACAACGAAGAGGAGCUGUUGGUUCCUGCCCUUCCAGAAAAAGCUGAUAUAGAGAGAGGCUAUGUGACUCCACAGCAGGUGUACAACUUGCUAAAUGCUGAAGCUGGUGAACCAGCACUCCAUGACCCGUACUACAUGCUCAUUCUGGACUGUCGCUCUGCUGACAGGUAUAAGCAAAGUCACCUGGUUACGGCACGUGCAAGUGUGACCGUAAUUCACCCAGAUCUUGGCUGUUUGAUAAGCUGUGUCCAGCUACAGGAGUUUUCCAUCAUUCUGCUGUAUGCAGAAGAAGGACACAGUCCAGUAGGCAGCCAAGAGGCACGUGCCGACAACCCCACCCUACAGCACUGCUUUUUCCAGCUGAGUGCCCUCGGCAUGGAUCCUGUCAUCUUGCUGGGUGGCUACUCAGCCUUCCACUCCCUCUACCCCUUCCUGUGUACACCUCGGAUGGUCCUGCUCGAGUCUGAACGCCGCCUCCUCACCAUCUAUCCCUCUGAAAUCCUGGAAGGGGCAUUGUACCAAGGUUCUGCCUCGCAAGCGCAGGACUACCGCAUCAUCAAGAACCUGCAUAUCACACAUGUGGUCAAUGCCACCGCUGAAAUCUCUGAUGCCUUCCCCAAUGUCCUGAGGUAUUUGCGACUCCGACUCAGCGAUGACGCGCAACAGGACCUUCGCCAGGCACUUCCAGAAGCUUCCCGUUUCAUAGCAGCAGCCCUGAGGGGUUCACCGGGCUCGCCUGGUGGGCGUGUACUAGUUCACUGCAGCCUGGGACGAAGCCGAAGCUCAGUGUUGACGCUGGGUUUCCUGAUGGAACAGCGCCGCUGGUCUCUUCUUCACGCUUUCCGUUGGCUCAAGGAGAGGCGCACUUGUGCGGCACCAAAUGCUGGGUUCCUUCGUCAACUCUCAGAAUACGAGGAGCAAUUGUUCGGGAGGCGCCUAACCUCUCUUGAUGACAUUCGGCUUUGAACAUGGGUCAUUAAGAACAAUUUUUGGAAAUCAGUGAUCACAGAUUUUAAAAGACUCUACAGAUUCAUAUUCAAGAUUCCAGACAGUCAGAGAAUAAGGAAGAAUUACAGAUUGCUGGUACUUAGCUGGUUGCGUUAAGUGUGCAGUGUCAUGGAGAUCUAACUUCUUGCAGAGUUUGGUUUUCUGACCAUGACUGGCUGGCUCAAUUGUGUUUAGGAUAAAUGGGGUAAAAUUAUCAAAGAUUAUCAUUUCUAGUUCAACUGGACAAGAACAAACUCUGAGUACCAGGUGACUACAUAAAUGUGUCAGAAAUUAGCCAUAAAUUAUACAUACCCUUUGAAGAGCUAGACCAAGUCAUUAUUUGGUUCUCCUUCCUAAUCAAACCUCUUGGUCCCAGCAUUUGAAUCAUCCAGAGGAAUCUGAUUAAGGUAUUUCACAGUCCAGGGCAGUAGUGGCUUAGUGGUUAGGGCUUUUGCUUCUGGACAAUAAGGAUCUGAAUUUGAAUCUCCAAACUGCCACUGGUGGCCCACCAUCUUCUCAGAUCAGUUGGGACUCUCUUUGAAUGAAAGCAUCUGCCAAGGGUGUAAAUGCAAUUGGUGUAUAAUAUAGCUUUUGGCAGGGCAUUUCAAAUAGUAAUGCUGGUGAUAUAUGGAAUAGAGAAAUUAUAUAAACUAGACCAAUGGUAGGUAUUUUUUUCCAAAACAAGCAAAAGCCACACCUGACUCCACCUAGACCUGUGAAUAUGUGUUGUUGAUAAGUUCCAGUGUGGGAUCUUCAUCCUUAUCAAAUUUGACUUUGCUGAUCAAGCACUCAAGUAAGACUUUUACCCACGAAUCCUGAGGAAUCACUGGCUUUUCUUGCUCUCAUAACCUGGUCUGGAUUAUUAUGGUAUGUUGAAAACAGUGAAAACUUGAAAAUGUAGAUGAUGUAGAAGAGUUUCUUUUAGGACCAGUAUUGGAAACCCAUUCUCUAGACCUGUGGUUCUCAAAGUGUGGUCUUUGGGUCCUCCAGGGGUCAGUGAAGCAUAGGCAGGGGGUCUAUGACUGGUGGUAGAAAUCAUUAUGUCACAUUAACAAUGUUAUAUUCAUUUUAGGGGUCCAAGCACCAACUCAAGUCAACUCAGACUUAAUGGGUUCUAUCAGUGGAAAUUUCAGGAACAGAAAGUUCUAUGGCUCCAAAAAAAACCCAUUUAGUAAUUUUUACUGAAAUAAAAAUGUACUGAGGGAGUCUGUAGAAUAUCAUUUACAGUUCAGUUACAGAUCUUUUAAAGUCCCUGGUUCUCAAAAUGUCUGAGAACCACUGCUCUAGACAAUCUUCCUGAAUAAGAUUGGAGACCACUUGACAAGAAAAAUAUUACAACAAUAAUAACAAUUUGGCUAAGAAUGUUAUUGGAAAGAUCAAAAAAGCCAAUCCAAAAUAGAUUUGGACAAGACAUCCAUUCCUGCUACACUCUUUUUCAGAUAAUAAGCAACAAAAUAAACAACAAAAAAAAACACUUUUUGCUAAUUUAUUUGUUUUUCCCCUUCUCAGGAGGACAAUGAAAAUGUGACAAAUAUUGAGAAAUAUUAAGGAAUUCAUAGAUACUACAUAGCUGGGUUUGAAAUGUUGUAUAUUUAGACUAGUAAAAAAACAUUGUUAUUUUUGUAUUAUUAUUUUUGACAAUAGUGUUAGUGUUUGCUUUCUGUUUUUCUAGACACCACAAAACACCAAAGAACAAAACCACUGACUUGAAACCUGCAAAGCAUCCUAGCUAAAGUUCCCCUAAUUUAGUGAUAAGUAAUUUAUGAAAAUUCAAACAUUUUUAGCCUAUUGGCAUUAGGUUAUUGAUAUACUAAAACUGUUAUACAUUAUUACUAAUAAAUAAUGUAUAAUUAAUAGCUAAUAAAUAGUUUCUCAUUAAAAUCAAAUACACUCCAUUUUCUACGGAUGCUGCAGUGAACAUGUUCUUGCAUAAAUGAUUUUAUACUGGUUUACUGUCACUGCUUGGUUGUAAAGAAUGAUUUCAU